AGUGGAGAAGGGCUACUCAGUGAAUAAAAAUGGAGAACACUGCCGUUAAACUAGACGAUGACGCCUAUGAUCCCUUCCUCAACAGGGAGAUUAGGAAACCUAAUUCGAACUUCGGAACCCUUAUCCACCUGGUGAAGGGAUCUCUUGGAACCGGAAUCAUGGCAAUACCGUUGGCGUUCAAAAAUGGCGGACUGUUCUUUGGAGCCAUCGGUAUCAUCGCUGUGUGCUUGCUCUACGUUCACUGCGUAGAACUUCUGGUGGGAACUGCUCACAAAGCAUGUAAGCGGUACCGCAUUCCAACACUAGGAUUUGCAGAAACAGCUGACACUGUUUUGGUUAACGGACCACCAGCAGUUCGUCGAUUCGCCAACUUUUCUAGGAACUACAUCGACGGUAUGCUGGUUUUCCACAGUCUGCUCAUCUUCUGUCUGUUCCAAAUCUUCAUCGCAGCCUCCCUCCGUGACGUGAUCAACAAUCAGCUGCAGAUAACGUGGAGCACUGGAGUGUACGUUGCCUUCGUCACCGUCCCGAUAGCGCUUAUCAUCCAAAUACGCGUCCUAAAAUAUCUGGUACCGUUUUCGGCGCUGUCCAAUGCACUGAUGAUAAUAGCGUUCGGUAUAACCCUAUAUUUCCUGGUGAACGAACCGGUUUCGCUAGAUAACCGAAAUUUAUGGCCCGAAUGGAGCCGACUGCCGUUUUUUGUAAGCACAAUCCUAUUCGCAAUUCAAGGCAUCCGAUUUGUGUUACCAAUCGAGAACAAGAUGAAACAUCCUCAAUACUUCUUGGGGACUUGCGGCGUCGUCUCCCAAGCGAUAGCAUUCCUAUCGAUCCUGUACAUAGCUACAGGAUUCUUUGGAUACGCACGCUACGGAGAUGACACCAAAGCUUCAAUCACGUUGAAUUUACCGAGUGACAACAGAUUGGCAGAGUUCACUCGCCUUUUGGCAGCCCUGUCAGCCCUUUUCCAAAUGCCCCUGGGUUUCUACGUUCCAAUGGAGAUCAUCUGGCAACGACUUGAGGACAGAAUUCCAGACGAUCAGCAAAACAUGGCCCAAAUUUCCAUCCGCUUCGGAUUGAUGUCCAUCCUAACAGUGGUUUCGGUGACCGUUCCUGACCUUCAGCUGUUCGUCGGGCUGGUGGGGUCGUUCUGUUCCAGCAAUUUGGUGCUGAUUGUACCGGUCCUAGUUGAUACGAUUUUUCGAUGGCCCAACGAUUACGGUCUCUGUGGGUGGAUAUUGCUGAAAAAUGCGAUCCUUGCGGUGCUGGGAAUUCUGUUGCUGGUUUUCGGGACGUAUUCUAGUCUACAACGAAUAGUUAAGACGUACGGAGGGAAUUUCGAGUUGUAGACGUUUUCAUAUUACGGUGACAGCAACUUCUAAAAUUAAAAUAAAUGUCAAAACAUCUGGCCGACUUACGAAAUCAUGA